CCCAGCGAGGGGAGGCGGGGCCGCCCCGCGCGCCCUUCGCGGCUGCGCCGGCGCCGCCACCCCCACAGCGGGCGGCGGUUUGUGCGCGGGGCCGGCGGCCGGCGUGGGACCGACGAGGGCGGGAAGGCGCUGUCGCUGAACGCCGGCACGGUUUCCUAGAUCUAAAAGAAAAGGCCGAGUUAGAGUACCCUUCCAAAAUGGCUGCUAUUAAGGAAGAGAGAGAAGUGGAAGACUACAAGAGGAAAGGAAGACGAUCCUCACAGCAGAAAUACCGUAGACUGAAUAAGGGCCAUGAGCCAAAGGAGCCAGAGCAGUUGAGAAAGCUGUUCAUUGGAGGUCUGAGCUUUGAAACAACAGAUGAUAGCUUGAGAGAGCACUUUGAGAAAUGGGGCACACUCACAGACUGUGUGGUGAUGAGAGACCCACAAACCAAACGUUCCAGAGGCUUUGGCUUUGUGACUUACUCCUGUGUGGAGGAGGUGGAUGCUGCCAUGAGCGCUCGGCCACAUAAGGUUGAUGGACGUGUGGUUGAACCAAAGAGAGCAGUUUCCAGGGAGGAUUCUGUAAAGCCUGGGGCACACCUCACAGUAAAGAAAAUAUUUGUUGGUGGAAUUAAAGAAGAUACAGAAGAAUAUAAUUUAAGGGAGUACUUUGAAAAAUAUGGAAAGAUUGAAACCAUAGAGGUCAUGGAAGACAGGCAGAGUGGAAAGAAGAGAGGCUUCGCUUUUGUUACUUUUGAUGAUCAUGAUACAGUUGAUAAAAUUGUUGUUCAGAAAUACCAUACUAUAAAUGGACACAACUGUGAAGUUAAAAAAGCACUCUCAAAACAGGAGAUGCAGACUGCUAGCUCUCAGAGAGUGAAAUAUUUUGUAGGUCGUGGGGGUGGCUCAGGCAACUUCAUGGGCCGUGGAAACUUCGGAGGCGGUGGAGGGAAUUUUGGCCGAGGAGGAAACUUUGGUGGGAGAGGAGGCUAUGGGGGUGGUGGUGGCGGUGGUGGGAGCAGAGGAAGCUUUGGGGGUGGUGACGGAUACAAUGGAUUUGGUGAUGGUGGCAACUACGGAGGUGGUCCUGGCUAUGGCAGCAGAGGAGGUUAUGGUGGUGGUGGAGGACCAGGAUAUGGAAACCCCGGUGGUGGAUAUGGAGGAGGAGGAGGAGGAUAUGAUGGCUACAAUGAAGGAGGAAAUUUUGGUGGUGGUAAUUAUGGUGGAAGUGGAAACUACAAUGAUUUUGGCAAUUACAGUGGACAACAGCAGUCUAACUAUGGUCCCAUGAAAGGUGGUGGCAGCUUUGGUGGCAGAAGUUCAGGCAGUCCCUAUGGUGGUGGUUAUGGAUCUGGAAGUGGAAGUGGGGGCUAUGGUGGUAGAAGAUUCUAAAAAUGCUACCAGAAAAAGGGCUACAGUUCUUAGCAGGAGAGAGAGCGAGGAGUUGUCAGGAAAGCUGCAGGUUACUUUGAGACAGUCGUCCCAAAUGAAUUAGAGGAACUGUAAAAUCUGCCACAGAAGGAACGAUGAUCCAUAGUCAGAAAAGUUACUGCAGCUUAAACAGGAAACCCUUCUUGAUCAGGACUGUCAUAGCCACAGUUUGCAAAAAGUGCAGCUAUUGAUUCAUGCAAUGUAGUGUCGAUUAGAUGUACAUUCCUGAGGUCUUUCUCUGUUGUAGCUUUGUCUUUCUUUUUUCUUUUUAUUUUCCCAUUACAUCAGGUAUAUUGCCCUGUAAAUUGUGGUAGUGGUACCAGGAAUAAACAAAUCAAUGAAUUUUUAACUUUUCAA